AUGACCAAGCCAGCAUUAUGCAUCCUUUGCCUUGUGGUACUGGUACUCAGCACCCUUGCUCAAAGAGUGGCACCAGUAACCACGCCGGGAGCUCACACACUAUCUCCUUCACUCCUCCAUAGCCAUGCAACCGAUUCCUCGAAACGACAGGGCAGCAUUGUCGGCUACCCAGGCGUUCUAUCCAAAGAGUACGUGCAUUCCAGGGUUGACGAGGAACUUCGAGCAAUGAUCCUACGUUGGAGGAACAGUGUUGUAUUGGAACCGGUAGAUGGAACCGGCGAAACCAAAGCUUCCAGGAAGAGGGCAAGAAAGCCAGGUCAGUCAGCUUCCAUUGACUCCCGCGUCCACAAGCUUCGUUCAAAGCACAACCGAAGUCGUCGGCUCAAAGAUGACGACUUCUCGGGCCUCAACGAUAUUCUUGAGUCCUUCAGCUUUGAAAUCCCAGAGCAAGUCAUUCAGCAAGAAUUAUUGGGGGCCACAGCCACCUUUGUCAUCAAAGGAGAAUGUGGAGGCAUAUCCGUUGAUGAGAUCAAACUGGACUACGACAUUGACAAGGACGACCUGCUGUACGAUGUCACGGUAGAAGGAUUGGAUGUAGACUGUGAAUUUGAGGCUCAGUUCGAUUUUGGAAUAUAUGAUAUAGAGGAUGACCUUACUAUUGACGUGAACUUGCGGAAUAACGAUUUCGAAAUUGGAGUGGUCUUGGAAGGGGUCCCCCCUGAAAGCUCGUCGUUUCAAGGAUGUGAAGCUGUCAUUGGCAUCAAAGAUAUUGAUGCUAAUGGAGGCUUCUCGGCCAACAUCCUCAAUGACCUGGACUACCUCGUGAUUGAAAUCGUCGAUUCAGAAACAGAAACUAUUUCUGACAUUCUCUGUGAACAGGUCGCGCAGUUCACAUCCGUUGUGGAUGGUGUUGUGCUCUCUGUUGUAGACUUGUUGGAGCCCUAUUUGGGGGGACCAAGGUCUGUGGAUCCACUUGAGCUGGAGAAGGACUUGCAAGCGGAGGAGGAGCUAGUUGACUUUACAGACAGUGACCUGGGCUACGCCAUCACGGUCAUUGUCGAUAAUCUGCAAGGGGUGGUGGGGCCAUACCAAAUCAAUACACUCAUUGAGCUCAACUUGCUCGACGAAGAUGGCUCCUUCGUUAUUGACUUGACCCAAGAGGAGGAGGAGGAUAACAGUCGCGAAGACGAUGACCGCCGCCAGCUACAGUCGGAUCAAGACGAGUGUUCCAUCGUGCGACGUCGCCAUCGAAACCUCCUAGAGCAACUAGUUGUACCAGAGAGCCUGCUGAUGGGGCGCAUGCUUCAAUUUGGUGGUGGUGAAGAAGAACUCUUCACAGUCAACAGUCUGGAUGUCUUGACAAUUGAAGUGAAAGGUCUCAAUUCUUUUGAUCACGUGGAUCUUCUUGAGAUCAUUGGAAAGCAUACGUUUCGUACCCGAUUGGAGGUGUCAGCCAUCUCUGUGAAAGCUACGGUUCUCCUCAAUGCAGAUAUCAACGACGUGAAUAUUGAGGAGACUAUUGAAGUAACAUUGCCCAUUGAAGACACAGAGGUGGUCAUUUCCUAUCUGGUGGGCUUGAAAGCAUCCGUUGUAGAGAGCACUGGACUCGCAACCCUUCUCAACCCAGAAAACCUCUCUGGGUGUUUGUUUUCUGCCUUGGAAGCAUUUGGGGUCUCGGAGAUGUCUGUGAGCGUGGGAGAGCUCGGAAUACCAGUCAUCGAGGGUGUACUCGACUCCGGGGUAGAUGAACUCAUAAAUACGGCGGUCGAAGCAGCUGUCAUUGCUUACCAAGAGCUGAUUGUUGACGAAGCCAUUCCCAAUAUCUUCCAGAAGAACGUUACGGUGGCAGUCAAUGAGUUUGCCGAGUGCACAAUUCGAACCGAGUCGGCCACGGCUGUGUGCCCAACACAAGAGGAGACAGAAGAUGAUGACUCCCUCACUGAUGAUCUCUUCCGUCGACUACAGCAAUGGGUUUGA